AUGGCUGAACGAAUUCAUGCCACUACUACUGAAACAAACGUAUCGUCAUCAUCUGAUGACGAACUAGAAAGAGGAAGUCGUUAUGACACUGUUAAAUUCGAGUACAAGAACAACAACAUCAACGAAAAUGACUGGUCUUCGUCCGAUGAUGAUGAUGAUGAAGGUGAUGACGACGAGAUCACUCAUCAUCAUAAAGAGCCACCAUAUCUCCAAAAUCUUGAUUGGAUUACCGGUCCCUAUUCUCUUCUUCAUGUUCAUGGCGAACCAAUGAAUCAAUAUGAUCGUCGAAAGGCUUGCUUUUAUCGAGAAAAACUUUUAUCGAUUCGACAUCAAUUAUCAAAUGAUCAUCUUAUUUUACGGCCAAGAUAUAAAGAAACUGGAUAUCAUUUGGAAUCAAUACACACAUUUGAUGAUAAAGUCUACAAAUUCAUGACACAAACAGGCAUGUAUUCAUUGGAAGAAAUACCAGUUCGACCGAUCAUGGUAUGCAAUAAUGGACCUACCACUGGUAUCUGCCGUUUUCUUGGUCCUCUUCUUGGUGCACUCUUUAACGAGGCGACUCAUUGUAGAAAAUUUAAGAAAGCUGUUGAUGUGAUACAUGCUUUGGAAUUUUAUCAGAAAAGUGGUCAACUUCAACCGAACACAUUGUUUGCUUCUUUUAACAUUGAUGAUUUAUGUAUAAGAUUUUCACACGAACAAGCUAUCAAUGCUUUAGAACGUUUUCUUAAUGCUUACGUACCGGAUCAUCAUAUUCAAGGUAUGACAAUUGAUACGAUUCUUCAACUUGUUCGUCUUGUUCUGGAAAAUCAAUAUUUUAUCUACAAUUACAAAUUAUAUCAACAGACGAUGGGUGGUGCUUCUGGUUCACCAUUGACAAUUCCAUUAGUCUAUAUCUAUUUAUUCUAUUGGCAACAAGAUUUAAUGAAUGAUUUGGUUCCUAAGAAUGAACUCUUUGUCAGAUAUCAAGACGAGGCAUUUAUUACAUGGAAUAGAUCUCAAGAUGAACUUCAUACAUUGCUUGUUACAGUUAAUUCACAAUUGCCUCAAUUGAUGUGGAACACAACUAGCAUUGGAUCAAAGAUUCAUUUUCGUGAUAUCGAACUAGGUCAUCAUCAUGCUCUUCUUUAUACGCAAGUAUAUCAUGAACGUAUAUUCGACAAUGAUCUAUUACCAUCGUUCCUUGAUGCUAUUCAACUUCCAAUACACGAUACAUGGAGAUGGCUACGAGCAAAUCUCUUGCGAGCAGUACGAUAUUGUUCUAAUGAUGAAUUAUUCGACAAUGAGAUAGAUGAAAUAAAGGUCACACUUCAUCGUCAUGGCUUCUCCAAUGAUAUCUUUGAGGAAGGUUUGAACGAAUUUCUAGAAGAUUUCGGAGUCAUGGUCGCGUAUCCACCAUUCAUACGAACUAGAUAUGAAAUAAUACGCCAACAUAUCUUCAAUCAUGAUAAAUAUCGAGAAGCAAAGAAAAAACAACGAAAAUCACAACAACAACAACAACAACAAAUCAUAUUGCGUCUUCCAUAUACAUUUGAAUGGAGUUCAAAAAUCAUGUCGAAAUUUCUGGAUCAAGAUCUUACAUUACCACUGUUCUUCUUUGCCUAUCAAUGA